CUUUGGACCAAAUGAGUGAACGUGGUAUCCGUUGGCUCUAUGGUAGAUGGUUGAUUGAAGGGGCCCCACGAGUUCUUUUGUUCGAUAUUUGGUCAGCCGGUCACAACUUGAAUGAAUGGAAGUCUGAUUUAUGGAACAUUGCUGGAAUUCCAACUCCUGAUCACGAUCUGGAAACCAAUGAUGCCAUCUUGUUGGGUUAUUUGGUUGCUUGGUUCUUGGGUGAAUUGGUUUACAAUGACCGUGAAAGAGCAGUUAUUUGUCAUUGUCAUGAAUGGUUAGCUGGUAUUGCAUUGCCAUUGUGUAGAAAGAGAAGAAUUGAUGUUACAACUAUCUUCACCACCCAUGCCACUAUUCUUGGUAGAUAUCUUUGUGCUGGUUCAACUGAUUUCUACAAUAAUUUGGCUUACUUUGAUGUUGAUGCUGAAGCUGGUAAAAGAGGUAUUUACCAUCGUUACUGUAUCGAAAGAUCGGCUACUCAUUCCGCUGAUGUUUUCACCACUGUUUCCCAUAUUACUGCUUAUGAAUCUGAACAUUUAUUAAAGAGAAAACCAGAUGGUGUCUUACCAAAUGGUUUGAAUGUUGUCAAAUUCCAAGCUGUUCAUGAAUUCCAAAACUUACAUGCUUUAAAGAAAGCCAAGAUUAAUGAAUUUAUUAAAGGACAUUUCUAUGGUAACUAUGAUUUCGAUUUAGAAAACACCUUAUAUUUCUUUAUUGCUGGUAGAUAUGAAUUUAGAAACAAGGGUUGUGAUUUCUUUAUUGAAUCUUUAGCUAGAUUGAAUCACAGAUUAAAGGAAAGCGGAUCUAAAAUGACCGUUGUUGCAUUCAUUAUUAUGCCAGGUAAGACUCAAUCAUACACCGUGGAAACCUUAAAGGGUCAAGCUGUUAUUAAGCAAUUAGAAUCCACCAUUGAAGAAGUUCAAAAGAAGGUUGGUGAAAGAUUAUUUGAACAUUGUGCUAGAUAUCCAAACUCAAGCCAUCAAGGUAAACCAAAUAGUGAGGUUCCACUGAUUGAUGAAUUAAUUAAGCCAGCUGAUCGUGUCUUGUUAAAGAGAAGAAUCUUUGCCUUGAAGCGUGAAGGUUUACCACCAAUCGUCACCCAUAACAUGGUUGAUGACUCUACUGAUCCAAUCUUAAACCAAAUCAGAAGAGUUCAAUUAUUCAACCGUCCUGAUGAUAGAGUUAAAAUUAUUUUCCACCCAGAAUUCCUUAAUGCUAAUAACCCACUUUUAUCCUUGGAUUAUGAUGAAUUUGUUCGUGGUUGUCACUUGGGUGUUUUCCCAUCAUAUUAUGAACCAUGGGGUUACACUCCUGCUGAAUGUACUGUCAUGGGUGUUCCAUCCAUUACCACCAACUUGUCCGGUUUUGGUUGUUAUAUGGAAGAUCUUAUUGAAAACACCAGUGAUUACGGUAUUUACAUUGUUGAUAGAAGAAUGAAGUCCGUUGACGAAUCAAUUAAUCAAUUAACCGACUACAUGUAUGAUUUUGCUCAAAAGACCAGACGUCAAAGAAUUAACCAACGUAACCGUACCGAAAGAUUGAGUGAUUUAUUAGAUUGGAAACGUAUGGGUUUGGAAUACAUCAAGGCUCGUCAAUUAUCCUUAAAGAGAGCAUAUCCUGAUAAGUUCAAGAAUGGUGCUAAUCCAUUUGCCAACUCUGGUAAUUUGAAAUUGACUCGUCCAUUGAGUGUUCCUGGUUCUCCAAGAGGUAAACUUGGUCUGAUGACUCCUGGUGAUUUAGGUAGUUUACAAGAAGCUCAAGAAAGUUUGAAUACUGAUGAUUAUAUUGGUUUCACAUUGGGUGAUGGUGAUGACCAUGACGAAAAUGAAGAUGAAGGUCAACACUACCCUUUAACCUUACGAGGUAACUCUGAACCUCCUCAAGAUAAGUAAGCUUGUGUUGACUAGAACUAUUUUUUUAUAAUGUUUUUUUGUUGUUUUUGUUUUUAUAUUCUUUUUUUUAAUUUGAUAUUAGUUCUACCAGUAUGUAUGAUACAGUUUGAGUUGGAUUAAAAAUACACAGUUUUCGUUAGAUGAACUAUUAAUCUAUUACACUCUAUUAAAAAAAAGAAAAAUUAACCUACCAACUUUGCAAUUUAGAAGUGGCCUCACAAUAGUCUUCGGACAAGAAUGUUGAGCAUUCACCCAAAAGCUUAUUCUCAAUAAAUGUAUGGUCAACAUCAGCAUAAUGUUGAAUCAAUUGGGAUUCUAGUUUAUCUAAGACAAGAUAAAUAUGAGGCAACCACCCUUUAACAUGCACCAAUUUAUUAUGCAUAUCAGCAGUACUGAAUGUUAUACCCAUGUAAUCUUCUGGCUUUUCGGUACUAUCAGUAUUUGCAAUAUCCCAAUAAGAAAUUGAAUUUGGAAUCAAUACAGAUUUCCCAUCGUCACAAAUACUUUCACCUCCAUUCCAAGUUUCUGGUCUCAUAUUGAAAUCAAUCAAUGAAGAAACAUAAUCCAAGGUGAAAGAGAGAGAAUCUUCAGGUCUGGAGAUUAUAAAUGCAUGAGGUCUGUAUAAUUCAUUAACACAUCCACAAUCUUUGGUAUGGGAUCUACCAAUUCCAAACCAAUAUUUUCUAUGACUUAAUUUCUUAGGCAAUAAACUAGCUGGAAUUGGUACGAGAUUCGUUCCACCUCUCAACUUUCCAGCAUUCUUGGUAGGGUCCUUAUUAAAGUCAGGACCACUCACUUUAUUACAUUCCCCGGUAUAAACACUACAUUGCAAUACACGUAACGGAUGGAAAUUAUAAAUAAAGUUGAUUUCACCUUCUUCAGCAUCCAUAAAUGGGGCCCAAUUCUUUUCAAUCAAACGAGGCUUAAGUCCAUUAAUGGACAAUCUAGUGAUAUUGUAUGGGUCUUGCAAUGGACGGUAUACAUGCAUGGCACGUUUCCAACCAAUUUCAGUUCUUAAUGCAUUGAAAAUAAUUAAAGGCUCUUGAUCAAGUUCACCUUGAUCGUUUGUGAAUUCAUGCAAAACCGCACGAGGAUCUUCAGCUCCCAAGAUUUCUAAUUUAUGGUAGGGACCUUGAUCUAUAAUAUGAGGUAAUAUUCCCGGAAAUUUCAAAUCACUGUUUGGAAACUUGAAAUCAGUUAAUUCAUUCCAAUCGUUAUCAAAUACUUGACCUGAAAGUACGGAGAUUGUAGGCCAACUUCGAACAGCAUCCUUGGAAUAAACAAUUCUAUUAACCAUAAAAUGAACAUUGUAUUUUUCCAACCAUACCGCACUACCACAGAAUUUCCACCAUUUGUUAGCGAGAAUACUUUCUUCAGUUUCGUCUUCUUUAUCAACAAAGAAAUCGCGGUAUUCUUGUUUAGUAGCGGAUAAUUCCUUGAGUUGGUUUCGUAAAAAUUUCAAAUCGUCAUUGUUAUUCAAAUUAGUGGCAACUGUAGCUGAAAGAUUUUCAUCGUCAUGAAAUUCUACCUGAGUACAUUUAAAUCGACUAUCAGUUGAUUCCUCUCCGGUUUCAAUAAAUGAAUAUCCCGGAACUUUAAAUUUCUCGAAUUUUAAUUUGCUUCUAUUUGCACUUAUUGGUGAGUUAUGCUUUGUUUCUGUUGGUUUACUACCUUGAAAUAAUGUCGAGCUGAAAUACCAAGCAUUUAUAUUAAGGACCAAUAUGAGUAUGUAUAAAGCAAUACCAGCGACUCGGGUUACUCGGGCUUGCCUACUUCCAUCUCUUGUCUUUGGUGAAAAGCUUUUGUGGACGAAAAAUAUCGCAAUAGGAGUGAAAAUGGUCAAAGCUGCAAGAUAUGCCGUUUGAGUAGAUAACUCUAUAUUGGGUACUUCUACAGUCAUAUCUCUAUAAGCUUUGAAAUGCUUGCGUUUAUUGUUAAGGAAGUGUUAUUGGCU